UCUAUAUAGUUGGCUAACAAAAAAGGACACCAUAGAAAAGUAAUAUGUCGAGCACGAAUGAAAGUGAAAUUAGUGAACGGUGGUAGGCAGUUCUCCACCCGUUUACUUCUCACCUGGGCGUUGUCUCCUCGAGAACGAAUAUCACUUUCCAUUUCGAUACGCGAUCAUGGGUGACAAUUCCAUGAGGUUAGAGAACUAUGAAGUGCUUAAAGCUCUCUACAAUUUCAAGGCUAUGUUUGCGAAAACCCUCAGCUUUCAGGAGGGUGAUUAUUUUAUUCUAUAUCAGACCAAUACCAAACAGAGAAAUUGGUGGCAGGUUGUGAACAGAGACGGUCAAAUUGGAUAUAUCCCCUCAAAUUAUGUCACCACUGUAAAAGUAUCAUCUCAAAUAUUAAUUGAAUUUCUAGAAGACUGCAUAGAAAAUGUAAAGGCUGAAAGUAAGAAACAAACUGGAUUGCAUUUAGACAAGCAAGAUCUUUUAUUAAGAUUAAUAGAGGAGAAAAGACAAGCAGAGUCUAAUAAAAAACCUAAGAAGCAAGCACCAAUGCCACCUGACUUUGGAAACACUAUGCCUAGCAAAGAAAUACGUUCAUCACCUGUUUGCAAUAUUCAAGAGAAAGAUGUUAAUGUUGCUCCAAGCAAUACCUCAUACAUGACAGCACAGACAACUGUGCAUAGUAACAUAGAACAGGAAGAACCACCAGUUGUUCCACAAUGUCAACGUACAGUUAUAAAUGAUCAAAGAGUGCAGUCCCUUCCUCAUCAAUCUUCCUCUGAGAUACAAAAAGUUCAACCAGAAGUUCGUAAAAGUUCUUCUCAGAGCAAUGUUCGACAAACCCCCAAUAGUUCUCCUAUAAAGAAAAAAAGUUCAUUAUGUGAUAUUAAUUCUCAUACUGCUUAUCAGUUGCUUGAUCAAGUACGUAGAAAUACUCAAUUAAGCUAUGAGAUGUCAAAAGUAGCAGUUACAGUAGUUGUUUCUGGACUGCAACAAUUGUUGCCACAAAAUGUGAGUCAUUAUUUUGAUGCAUUAUUGCAUCAACUAGAAACACCAUUCACAGUAUCACAAAUGAGUAUAGAGGAAACAUAUGAUGCCAAUAGAUUGAAAGUGAUUUUUACAGAGCUUACUUCUUGUAAAGAAGAUUCUCAACAAAGAAAUUGGAUGCUAUAUGAAGAUGAAUCUAUUAUUGUUGAUUAUAUAAAGGAACUUACAUCUAUAUUGACUAAUGCAGAUGCAAAUGUAUCUAGAUAUGUUUUACAACAGAAUCAAUAUAAUGGUGUUAAUGUAUUGAUACAGUAUUAUCAAAUGGAACCAAGGUGGACUAUUAGGCAAUUGCUAUUACAGUCAUUUGGAGUAAUGUGUAGUCUAGAUUCUGUAAUUUUGACUAUAAUGUUAAAUAGUAUAUUACCUAUGGAACUAGCAAGAGAUAUGAGGAGUAAUCCUAGAAAUGUAACAAAACUAAACUAUUCUUCAUUAUUGCUUACUAUGAUUUUUUCAAUGGGUGAACCCAUGCCAGUUACACAUUUGGAACAAUUGGGACCGGAUUUUAUAGCUUUUAUUUUGGAUUUAAUAGAGAAUCCACCUGAUAUGGACUUGGAAGAUCAAAUUCCGGAUUUGUUUGUAAAUUUGAUAUUAUCGUACAAUUUACAAUUUACAAACUCGGAAAAUAUAGCUCUAAACGCAUUAAAGGAAAGAACAGUGGCAAAAAACUUUACUGAAAAAAUAUUGCUUUUAUUUAAUAGGGAAGAAGAUCCUGUGCGAAUAUUUGAUCAUGAACCACCGCCACCGCAUUCUGUACUAAAACUGUUUAUAGAUUUGUUUAGUAAUGAUGUGACAGCAGGUCUCUUUUAUACAAAUGAUGUGAAAGUUUUAAUCGACAUUAUAUUGCGUCAAUUGUACGACAUGUUCCCUGGUGAUAAGCGUAGACAAUACUUGGAGUUAUGUCGAAGAGUACUUCGUACUUCCAGUUAUAAUGAACAUAAAUAUCGUUCAGAAGAUUUGUUGAAAUGUUUUACGAGAAUAUUCUGCGAAGAGACAGGAGAAAGUCAGGAAGAUCAGCAAUCGGUACGCGAAAUUAGCAAUGAAUUUCCACAUUUGUUUAAAAUGUGACAUUUGUUAUCUCCUUCCGACAAUAAGGAUUCGGAGGAUGAUAAUUUGCAAACUCUUGUGUAAGAAAAUUCUGGUAUGUACAAUGGAAAGGAGUGAAGAAGAAUCAAGUUACCGAACAAAGAACUUCUUUAUUUUUCUAAUACUUCUAUUUUGCAAAUAUUUUGCUCAGCUAAUCUAAUAUAUCAGAAACGCACACAUGAUUCGCAGAACUGUAAACGCAUCAGAUUAUAUUUUUUUCUCAUUUUAAUCUUUCUAGUGAACGAUAAUAUUUAUUCUAGUUAAAAAAGGAUACAAAAAAAAAAUAAAAAAACAUGAAUCAGCAUUAAAAAUUAUUUUGUGCAUGUGUAUGCACGUGCGCGCGUGUGUACGUAUGUGUGUGAGUACGACGGAGAUACAUUUUCUUGUUCUAAGCAUGAGGACCAUUGGAUGUAUAUAGAAUCAUUCCAAGUACCCUAAUAGAAGUCAAUAAGUUAGUGUACAUGAAAUAAAGUAGUUUGACUGCACGACUAAGUCUCGAAUUAAAAAAUUAUUCGAAUUAUCGUUCUGAUGUAAAAGGAAAAAGAAUUUAAAUACAUAUAUGGGAAAUCUAUAAAAGUUCUCUAAAAAUUCUUUAAUGAGAGAACAAAGAAUUUUAAUUCCAAUUGAAUCAGUUAUGCUCUUUGUAAAUUAAAUAGUCUAGUCUGUGGCCGGGGUGAUGUAAGUCAUACGUUAUUUCCUAACUUAUGUUCGAUUCUCUCUCUUUCAUGAACAUAAUACAUUAACGUAUGUAUUCGAGUAAAAUUAUAAAUUUAUUUAGUAAAUUUCUUCACGCGAUCGUGACCAUAGGAUUUUAAUGACAAGUUCGUCGCAAUAAAGUUUCAUAGUUUAUU